AUGGCGACUACGUUGGCUGAUCACAAACGUCCUCAAUUACAGCCUGUGUGCCAGAAUUGCGGCACUUCUACGACACCUCUCUGGCGCAGAGACGAACUCGGCUCCGUCCUUUGCAACGCCUGUGGCUUGUUCCUCAAACUACAUGGCAGACCCCGUCCGAUAAGCUUAAAGACCGAUGUCAUCAAGAGUCGCAACCGGGUCAAGACUGCUGGUCAGGGCCCCAAGCGUAAGUCCGGCGGUGCUAUCGAUACAAAUGGCUUGUCUACCUCGAGGUCCGAAGCAGGGACGCCGCCCAUGGGGUCCCAAGGAUACCGUCGCGCGUCGCGGAAGGCAUCACCGGGCCAUUCCGACCGAUCCAACUCACCCGUCUCCCGAACCGAAACGCCUGGUAUCCCUUCCAUGCAACAACCACACCCGCAGUCGCAACACAAUGCCAACAUUGCGCCCCAGCACAUGUUCGAUAGUGUCACAAUCGGCGACCAUGGUCUCAGUCAGCCGAAUGCGCUACCCUCGGUGCAGCCGCGCCAACCCUCGCCCACGGCGACCUCGGCGGCUGUGGACCGCCAUCUCGAGUCACCACAGACCUACGAUGGACUGCUUGCAGCCAAUACCUCUUUGAAGACUCGCGUGAGCGAAUUGGAGUUUAUCAAUGAACUCUUCCGGGGCCGGGUGACGGAACUGGAGCAGAGCGGCGCGACUGCGCGCCGAUCGGAGAUGAUCGUCCGGGACUCCGAGGUACGACUCCGGCGGUCUCUGGAGGAGGCCCAACGGCGCGAAGACGAUCUGAAACGGCGGAUAUCUGAGCUGGAGCGACAGCUUAGCGAACAGACCUCUGCCAACCCGGCGGGCAAUGACAGUCCCGGCGAGCCGCUGGCCAAGCGGAUGCGGCUGUCCGACGUCGUGGAGCAACCUGCGGAAUCGCCGACAAAAUCCCCCAAGAGUGUCUAA